AUGGCCAAUAAGGUUUGGCUGCAAAGGAGCGAAUGUGAUGUGACACUGAAGGAGAAGAUGAUUGUGACGGAAAGGAAUGACGAGGCCAAAACAGGGGCGGAAGCACCUAAAAAAGGCACAAAGCAGCGCCGAAGCGACAUCAACUUUGAAGAUCGAAGGGACAUGACCGUACGGCAGUUCCGCAUCGCAACGGAAGCUUCCGCGCCACACCAUGGCGGUCAUCACAAGCAGAAGCAAAGCCGAGGCAAAGGCAAAGGGAAGACUAGAAAGGCUAAGCCAAAACUCCCACGAAGCCUAAGUUUGACGGAUACAGUUUCACAUUUUCUCACUCAGUCGUCGGAAGCAGACCGACGGAUACUGCCCACCGAAGUCAAGCGCGCACACACAUACACACUCUGCCUCAAAGUGUCGCUGAUGUGUGGUGCCGACUUAGAAGCCGACGUUGAUCUCCGACAACGCAAGAUACUCUCGGAAAGGUCGAUUUGCUGUUGA